UUUCAAUUGGCAAGUUUUAUCCCACCCUAGAUAAUGCGCUUAUAUUCCACAAAGCUGAGGGAGUUUGGGGCCGCUCACCUUUAUCCCUCGUCCCCAGUCCAAAACCUCAAAUACACCGCAACAGCCAACAGAAAUGGCUAUGGCGUGUAGAUCUGCCGUCAUGGCCACUGGGAGAUCCAUGUGCACUCGCUCCAACACAAUACUCAAAACCCUAGCUCCAAAACCCAUCCCGACUUCUCAUUUUUCUUCUUCAGUUAGAAACUUCCCUACUGCCACUUCAAGGAUUCUUUCAGCGGUGGGAAGUCUGGAGUCGAAGCUGCCACUCCAUAGCGUCAUUGCAUCUACUCGAUUGAAGUCCAAUAUCGCUUUUGAUUCUUCCUGCUGGAGCUUGCUUUCUCAAGGUGAGCGUGUUUUCGUUAAUCGGAAUAAUGAGUCACUGCUGAGAUCAUAUCUAGUGUAUGCACGAACCUGUACUUUAAGAACCCCCUCCGGCCACCCCCCUCCCCUUCUCUACUUCCCUCUCAUAUCCGGCCUUGAUACCCUAGGUAUUAACUGAACCCCUGUUCGGGCUCCAUUUUCUAGAAAUAUUUUUUCUUUAAAUUUAUAUUUAAUCACACAUUUCAUAGAACCCGCAACUUUUAUUAUCAAAAUAUACUAAAGAUUUAAUUUUUAGCUGAACCAUAAUUAAAUGCUGGUCAAAGACAAAAGAUUGAAUAUCAAACUUGAGAGGGACUUGGAGUUGAUCAGCAUAGGACCUUCAGAGGAUCUUUGAACUAUAGUUUUUUCGAGUGAAAGUCAUUCUCUCAUCUAUCUUUUAGUUAUUUUUUGCAAUGUUUUAUUUAAUGUUCCCCUUCUUCAUCACCGCUGCUAUUUGUUGUAUAUAUAUCAUCCGGUAUCCUUCCACUGAUACACGUAUUUUCUGUCUUCUUUGCAUG